GUGGCAGCGGUUCGAUGAGCGACUCUUCGGACUCUACAAGCAGUUUUGAUCUAUCACUAUCUCCACCCAGCUACUCUGUACAGGAGGAUCCCAGUAGCGGUGAUUUGCGAAGCAGACUUCAACAGAUUUGGCCAGAUAGGCCAGAAUUUGGCCGAUACUCCCUCGACUAUGAGUACAUGGAUUAUUUGAAAGAAAAGAAAAGAAAAAGAAAACGCCUAGCCGCUGGUGUGAGCAAUACAAGAGCUGCAAUAUACAGUGCAUCAGAUAUGAUACUGCCUUGUGAUCGGGAAACAACGGGAGAAUCACAACUUGUCAGAACCUCCAUGCUGUUUUCUUCGACUGACAAGCUCAAGCAAGUGGAUGACUCUCAGCAUUGGGUUGCUACAGAGGAUCUUCUCACCUUGGGAGGUCUUUUACCCACAAGAUCGCCUACUCUUGUCCCAUCCGAAAUACUUCGAUCGAGCUGUUCCAAGAUACAUGAAACAGGAGUGCUGCACUCUGGCCAUUCGCAAUCAACGGAAGUAACCGCCCGUUCGUUCCGUUCUGAGAUAGAAGACGAAAUCAAACGUAGCGGCGGCAUCUUUCAUUUCGCUGGACGCUCUUCGGAAGAGGAGGUACUCGCUCUUUUGCAACGUUACCCGUUCAUCGUUUUCAAUCCGGAAGAUUCCGAAAAUAAUGUAGAAGUUGCUUUGAAAGUUGGUGAAAAGGGUCGAGUCUUUCUCGUGGAAAUCUUAAAAGUAGAAGGAGAUGGAAUGAUCUGGCGACUGCUCGGAACCACAUUCAGUCUCGGAUUCAAAUCUUUGGAAGAUAUGGCGCUUUUCUAUCGACGCUUUCCCGCAGCAGUAGAGUAGCUUUUUGAAUGUAUGCACUGUCUUUUUCAAUACUAAGAAAAUACUGAAUCAUUCUAAGUAAAUUCGUAUUAAAGUGCUUCAAAAUGUAAUGUUGGUUAGACUCAAGUUCAUUCGGAUUCUGCUAG